AUGGACACAGUCCUAAAUCUGCUAGACUAUGGAUUCGACUUUCAGGUCCCCAACACGCGAAUAUGGUGCGUCCCAGCAGUCACAAAUGACAGCAGUGUCGAUCUUCGAGGAUUGCUCCUCAUUCUAGGGCAAUGUAUGUCAAGUAUGCGUAGGACCGAUACGGCAGACGAGAUGAGGUCAUGGGAAACGCGAUUCCCCAAGUCACGGCAGGUUUGGGUGGGAAACGAGCUCUACGCAUUCGCUGUACUCAAAAACCGAACUAGUUGGGUCGAAAGUCUCCUCGAACAAGGCGCCGAUGUUGCGGGACUUGAUCAUUGUGGCGAUAUUCGCCUAUGGGUUGCUUGCCACUCGUGUCAAGAUCCGCAGAUUUUCAACAUCCUCCGCGCUAAGGGCCUCAAGCUCAAUGACUUUGGACCACAGCGAGAGAACAAGUCAGCUACACUGAAAGAGAUGCACCCUCCGCGGCAAGAUGACGCAGACAACCCUUGA